CGCCUGUACGUUGUACCGCUAACAUUUCUAACUCCGCAAGGAGAGAGGCGAAAAGGCGGAAAACAAGCCUUUCCCGAAGAAUGGAAUUUUACGCGAAACGUUGUCAUCAUGUGAAUGUGCCUCGUGAGUGAAACAUUAACACGAGAUCGAUGAAUUGGAUUCUCAUCGCCGGAAAGUACACCAGGGCGGAGUAAAUCUGAAUAAAAGUGCGUCACUUUGGAAAAAAAUGGUCCGUAUUUCGGAAGUGAUAAGAAGUGGAUCGGAAGUGGAGGGUAGUUUGUCAGGACCAGCCAAUCCAAUACCUAGCCAGUCAAUCGAUUGCGGUUGUGGUCAGAUGCAAUGUCCAAAGUUGGCAAAAUUUGCGACGCGAAAACUCUUCGUGGGAUUGAUUUGCUGGAUUGGCAUAGUGCAAACCACAUUGUACGUUUACUUCCGUGUGACAGGAUCGACGAUAGCUAGAAGAUUUCAAAUCGAUCCUUAUUUAAUGGAUUGGAUUCUUGUUAUAGCAGAAUUAACGCCUUUCAUCCUUGGAUUACUAGUAGCGUAUUGGGGAGAUAGAAUACACAGAGCUUCAUGGAUAGGAGGUUUAACCCUUUUACAGAGCGCCUCGUACUUUAUUUUGAUGAUACCUCAUUUCACACAUCGCGUUCGUGUGAUUGAAGAAACGCAAAAUGUCACUCACAUGUCAUUAUAUGCCGAUGAUAGCCCAGAAUUAUGUACUUCCGGAUUAUCCCGGGUCAUCAUAGAAGAAGAUGAACCUUGCUAUCUUGUUAUAGUCAUCCUGAUUACGGUGUCGAUUAUAACUGGUGCAGCAAAUAUAUCAUAUUAUGCCUUGGGAAUUUCCUAUUUGGACGAUAAUACAAAAAUGAAGCACGUGACUGCUUUUAAAGGUAUAAUUAUCGCUGUAAAAAUCUUCGGAAUAGUUUUCGGAUACUUUUUGGGCUGGGGAUGUCUUCGGGUAGAUGCGGAAAAUUUUGAGAUGAUAAAAUCAUAUCAGGAUCAAAUCGGAGCAUGGUGGCUUGGAUUUCCGAUUUUAUCUACAUUAUUGGUGAUUCCUGGUUUGAUGCUCUCAUGGUUUCCUCGAAGAUUACCCUCAGUGGUAAUUAAUUGGCAUUAUUCUAUUUUAGGUUGUCGAGCAAGUAAUCGAGCACCUCACCGAACGAGCACUCAGAAAGUGGGUAGUCCUGAAUUUUGGCCGUCAUUCUGCAGAUUAGUUACUAAUAAAAUUCUAAUGUGCAACAUCUUGGCGAUGAUAUUCUGUGCGAUAGCGGUAAUCAAUUUUAUAAUGCACGAAGAUAUUUUCUUGGAAUCCAGAUUUCAUAUGCCAAGGCCGACAGGAAUGCUUCUUGGAUUUAACGAUCCUCUACGAUCUAGAUUAGUCAUGAGUAUUAUGAAACCUGUUCUUAUUGGCUUGAUCAUAAUCAUCAGUGGUUUAGUGUUAGCCAAAGCGAAGCCACGGCCAAAGUUUAUUAUUAGUUACAGUCUUGUCAUCAUACUUUUAACAAUAGCGAUUAUCGUCUCGCUGAUCUUCGUCACUUGCGACAGACCAUCCAUCGUCGGUUUGGACAAAGGAUCCAAUGGAUUGUUGAAAUAUUGCAACAAGAAUUGUCGUUGCUCAAAAGAUUCCGAUUUUCGACCGAUUUGCGACAGCUUGGGAAAAUUUACGUAUUAUAGUCCUUGUUAUGCUGGCUGCACCACAAUUAUUUAUGUCGACGACGUCAAGAUUUACAGUGGUUGUAAAUGUGUGGAAGAAAUGACAGGAUGGGGUAAUGAUCAAGCGAAAGAAGGUCCGUGCGAGUCGAUUAAAUGCCAGGCUGGUUGGAUGCUUUUCGAAUUUGGAACUUUGUUGGCGUAUGCGCUAGUCGCUUCCACUUUGGUAGGAGAUUUAUUGAUCAAUAUGAGAUCCGUCUACAAGCAAGACAAAGCCAUCAGCAUAGGUUUUUCGAUGACGUGGAUCGCGAUUUUCGUUUAUGUUCCCGGAAAGAUUCUCUAUGAAUUCGUUUCACGUGAGGCCUGCCAAUAUUGGGGCAAUCAAAGAGCAAUCUGUCAUUUAUAUGGCGAGAAACUCGGCGACUAUUUGUGCUACUUGACGAUCCUAUUCUUGUCUCUCUGUUUUUUGUCUAAGAUUAUCCUUUGGUUCCUUUGUAAAAAUUUACAGCUCUACGAGGAAGUUGAAAAGAAAGAGAACCAAGAAAAUACGGUGCUGCAAGAAUUAAUCGAGCAAUCACCAACAACUGAACAACAGGAAACAAUACAAGAAACAAGAAAUAAUAAUAAUGCAACAAGACAAGUGGAUGUGGUUAUCGAGCCCGAAUCAAGGAUACCACCAGAAACAAACGUGCCGGAAGAUAAUUCGCCGAAGAAGGAAGAGAAAAUACAAAGGAACGUACCUCUAAAGUAUGGUCCCUUGGGCCCAGGCGAUCGCCGAUCAACGGGCUCGAAUCCUUCAACGACUCGCAAUUCGACGAUUCGUAAUCUCGAUUCCGAGGACGAGCUGGACAGUUCGAGCGACGAAAGUAAGAAACCAUCGAGUCCGCGGGUCGCUUACGCUCCGCUGGUACUCGAUUCCGACGUCGAGAGCGAUCUCAGCAGCAUCGGACCGAGAUCGAGGAGACGCAUUUCGAGCAAGGAUUACGACGAGAACGAUCAACAUUCGUCCAAAAAUUCGUCCAUAAGACGCUGGUUCCCGAAUCCCGAUCAUUACGAGGAUCCGUUACGGGCCAGGAAUUCCAAAUUCAGAAAGUCGAGCAGUUAUCAGGACGGCUCCUCGAAAACAGGUAGCUUCGAGUUCUCGAAGAAGGGUCAAGAGAGCAACGUGUCCAAACAGGGCGACUUCAACGAAGUUGGCAUACCGAUAGCGGAUCCAUUUCCGGAAGGAAAGGGCAACUCGGGCGACACGAUGCACUCGAAGGACGUCAAGUCGUUGAUCGACCGAUAUGAGCAGAACGUGAGUCAGGAAACUCUGAAUGAAGAUCGGUUAUCGGUGAAGUCGGAGGACGCGAGGAGUCGACCGGAGAACAAGAUGGGCAUACCGUUAGUAGCUAUGGUUCCCAGCAGGUCGUCUUCCUCUCGAGGACAAUCUUCUUCGGUCUUCAGCAGUUUGCCGGAUGUGCUGGACAAGAAUUCCGACCAGCGUAUGGAGAGACGCGCGACUCCCAGCCCGAAAAGUUCCACCAAGGGAAGCAAACCAAUAUUUCAGACCGACCUGUGAAAUUACGCGUGACUUACGCCAGGAUAAUGCGUGACACACAUGACACUGACGUGCAAUUCUGCGAAUAUUUGUGAACAAACAUGAAUAAUCUAUUAAUAGAAGAAUAGAUAACAGAAGAUUAAUAUAUUACUAUGCGAUAUAUAGAUAUAAGUUUAUAUAUAUGUGAGCAAAAUGAGAACAUUCUAACGAUUCGGGGAACAACAAAGACAUAUAUAAUAUUGUCUUUGGCAUUUAUCAUAUUUAAAAUAUAGAAAACACUUGAUUCUACUUAAUACUUAAAUAGGUAAAAUAUAGCAUAAACAAAUGUGUUCUUUCUUUAAUUAUUGAAUAUUAAUUGUAAGCCAUUGUAAUUAUCAUAUGUAUGUAGAAUUGACAUUUUGCAAUUGAUAAACU